GUGCAAACAUCAUAAUGGAGAGCUGGUGGUAAACAAGUACGCCCGCUAGUUAUUUUAGGCCAUUUUCUACAGAAUUUCACCGAUAUAAUAGUGUUAAAAUCGUAGAUAUAGAAUAUUAUAGUGUAUAUUUAUUAAAAACCACUAUCAUGAUGAAAUCACAUGUAGCGAAUGCCUUUUUCUUACUACUAUCACUGUACGCUCUAGGCAAUGCUCACUCCCAAAGAAUCAAGGAUGAUAUGUAUACUCCAAUCAGCGGAGCUCAUUGUUUCCGUCGGUUAAACGGAACACACGUCACAGGUUGCAGCUCCCAACUGGGCGGAUCAGUGGGCGUUCUUCAUUUCAUCCGAUCGGCAGCAGAUAUUGAUUUCGUCACGAAUCAACAUCCAGCUCCGCCGUACGCACCCGUCAUUCCACCACAUCUUUUUACACGGGAGAAUAUCCUACAACUGCGUGACCGCGGUGGGCAGCACAUUUCCGCUGUUGUGCUGAUAAAUAAUGCGACCCUGCUGAACUAUUACAGCCAAGAGUCGCGGUGUCCGAAUCAAUUCAGUAAUUUGAUAGCGGCCGGACAAGAGGAAGCUUGUAGUGUAGCAAACCCGGAACGCAGUUGGAACCCAUGGGGAACUGGAUUAUUGCUGGAAGAUUUCCCCUUUCCGAUUUAUUAUGUGGCGGAUCCAGUCGAGAUUUCUAAAUUGUACGAUUGUUUCGAGAAGUUCAACAACUAUGACUUGGAGAAUCAGCAUAAACGGAGCUUGUGUAGUAUCCAGGUUAACGCGUUCAUGUCGGCAGCUGUGGAUUCUAGAGUUUGCCUGGCGAGAUCAUUGUUUUUCAACUCGUUGAAUCCGGUUAAAUUCUGUGACCCACUGCAAGGAAAAAAUGUGUUCGCUUCACUAUUCCCGAGGGUUCAAGUAAACAUUGAAGAUCGAAAGGUAGAUGUGACAGAGAGAAUAAUUCUUCUGUCGACCAGAAUGGAUACAACCACAAUGUUCGACGGAAUUGGUCUUGGAGCUAUGGAUUCACUUGUACCUUUCACAAUUCUUAUGUCAAUUGCUCACUUUCUGGCAAAGGUAUUGCCGGAGCGAGUGAAUUCAGCCGAUCCAAACGUUCUGUUUGUGUUCUUUAAUGGAGAAUCCUAUGACUAUAUCGGUUCGCAGCGUUUUGUGUAUGAUUUGCAGAAAGGGGCGUUCCCCACCAAAGGCGGUCUUUCGAAUCCGAUUUCGUUGGAUAAUAUCGAUCUUAUGAUCGAUAUCGGAACGAUGGAUGAUCUUAACAAUAUCAAAAUUUAUCAUGCAUCUCAAUUGACUACCGUUUCUCGAAUUUCGCAGCUGCUUGAGCGAAUCAAUCUAUCUUUUCGGUUUAACAUUCAAACAGAAGUACCAAUACUAACAAAAAAUUUACCCCCUGUAUCAUCAAAUUCGUUCCUGCGCGAGAAUGCUUCGUUCCCUUCAGUGAUUCUCACGUCCACUGCAGGAAAUCGCUUCUAUCAUUCCAUCUACGAUGACAAUGAAAACCUUAAAUUCGUUUAUGGAAACCAUUCGAAAGAUGUUGAUUAUACCCAGCUGGAGAAUCUGUCAACGCGAAACACAUUUUUUGUUGAGGAUUCCAUCCAAAUGCGCAUCCGAAACGUUUCGUCCCUUUUGGGAAUGGCUAUAUUUGAGCUGAUCACCAGAACAUCGUACGCUGCCCACUUUGGAACUAAUAGCGUCCUUAUCGACGAAUUUCUGUACUGCUUUCUUCAUUCAGCAGAUUGUCCGCUGUUUCAUGCAGCUGCCAAGCCCGAUUCUCCGAAAGCCUUCCCAGUUCCGCCGACUCGUUACAUCAGUGUUCACGCGACUCUGCCAUCGGAAGCAUCCGGAUGGAUCCACCGACUGCUGGGUCUCCUGGUAGGCCAGAAAGUGAACAACACCACCAAAGCCGAAUGUCAAGGAUUGCAUCUACCGUACAACUGGUACGCCGGCUAUUCCGGUCUCGGAGAGUGCCACCUGACUACUCAAAACUUCACACAAGCAAUGUCACCGGCUUUCCUGAACGAUAGCUAUGACUUUGCAUCCGGGCGUUAUUCCACCUGGACUGAAUCAACGUGGCGUGAGAUGUCGGCAAGAAUCUUCCUUCGGCCUUCUGCGUCCCACGAAACUCUCACCCUGUCGGUUGGGUUGAUCGUACUGGUGAUCUCGUUCGUGCUGGUGUUUCUCAUCAACAGCCGUUCAGAGGUGCUGUUCAAUCAGAGCACCUCGACCAUUCCAAUUGCUCCACCCACGCAGUGCUGAACGUUCGUUCCUGAGACUGUUGGACUUAGCAAUGAAAUGUUCUAUAGCAAGCCUAACCCAUUCUAAGCAUCUUUAGAAAACUCUUUUAUUCACACACACUCGGAUCUUAGCAUAAA